AUCAUCCCGGAUGCCCGUCUCUAACAAGUUAGGAUAAACCAGAGAAAGGGGAAGAGAAAAUGGCUGCCACACAGCAUCUUGUCUCCUCUCACCCAUUUUCUACAUAUUUCCAUCGUUCUUUUCCCAGUAUAAAGAAUCAGAGCUCGUGUUCCGCGCCAAAGAAAAGAAAAUGUGGGAAAAUCAUUGCAUGUUCGAUCAAUGAAAGAGAUCACACUCUGUGGGAUGGGGUUUCAAGAAGGGAUUUAGCAAUCAUUGGCCUAUCUUCACUUUCUCUAACAUUUCCUUGUUUGAGUUCAAGAGCUGAAGAAGAUGUGAGAAUGGCUUCAUUGGUUGAUGAGAUUAAUUCAUAUUCCUAUAUGUACCCUACAGAGCUUCCUUCCAAAAGUUUUGUCUUCAAAUGACUUGCUUCAAGAUGAGGUUAUGAAGUUGGAAUGAGCCUUCAUGAAGGAAGUAAAUCUGUAACUAGAGAGACAGGCUUUUCCUUGACAGAGCCUCCUUUACAGUAACUCUCUUGAACAAUAAAAGCGAAAGUAAAAAUAAAAGAUCGUACCUAGUGCACAAGACUCCUAACAUAAGUAGGAUCUGGGGAAGGUCCCGACGUACACAUCAUUGCCCUUAUUUGCAUGACGGGACUUUUUUGGUGGUUGAACCUCUGUCCAAACAGAUAUCGAGUAGAGAUGGCUGACAUUGGUCCAUCACGCCAAUCACAAUCCUUUUUUAGUGGUUGAAUCCAGAAAACCAGAGCGGUAUUCAUCAGCCCCGCCUCUGUCACCUGAUGCACGGCUUCGCAUUGUGUCUGAAAGAGUUGAUCUCAUUGACAAUCUCAUUAUUUCUGUUACGAUUGGUCCAUUGAAUUCAAAGCUCCUAAAGUCAAAGGACAAAAGUUCCUGGAGUGCGAAAGACGUUGCUGAAUCUGUUUUAUCUGAUAAGUCUGCUUUGAGGGUAACCUCAAGUCAACGGUUAGCGGAAAGCUCAGUCCUUGAUGCACAUUCUUCUCAAAUUGAUGGUGAACCGUAUUGGUAUUUUGAGUACAUUGUUCGCAAAUCACCAACAAAAACUGCUCUUGAAUCAAAUAUUUUCCGCCACUAUGCUGCUUCAACAACUGAACGAGAUGGUUACCUGUAUACUCUCAGUGCUUCAACACUUAGUAAGCAAUGGAGCGAAAUGGGACCAUUCUUAGAAAAGAGUGUUGCUUCUUUUCG